ACUUUGCCCACUGUCAAUUGUGGGGCCUCCGGCAGCUUCCAUAAGCUGGGUGUUGCAUUUCUUCGGAUCACGGCGGGUGGUGCAAGGAGCCGGACUACACCGAGGGAGGUUUUUCAUCCAGGGUUUUGAUCAGAGGAGACCUGAGAUGGAAGUAAAGGGCAUCUUGCGGAAGACCAAGUCCAUGAGAAGCAUCUCCUCCCCAGGGCUUGUCAAGUCCUGGGCUGACGAGGUGGUUCUGGAGAGGAAGAAGUCUGUCUCUCAGCUCGUGGCCCAGUAUCAAAUCGCAGGAGUUCUGCAGUCCACAGAAGCAGUGGAAGCUAACAAAAAGGUUUCGGGUCCGAAACAUGAACCGGAGAGCAGACUGGACUCAAUCCUGACAAAGACCAAGGCCCAAGCGCCGACAAAGGGCUCCAAUCUCUCUCGCAGCCGAUCGCUGGGGCACAUUCCACAGACCGAGGUCACUGGGAUCAACACUCUCAGAGCCCUCUUCGAGUUAAAGAAGGAGCCGCAGAAGCAGCCGGUGAACAGCAAGAACAAGAAGAUCAUCAUCAAGAGCACAAUGACCAAGACUGUCACCAAACACAUGGAAACAGCACCCCUGAAAACAAAACUUGAGAGCCAAAAUACUCUUAACACUACAGCCAAUGAGGAUGGGUCCAGUGAGAAGGAGAUGAAAGACAUUUCCUCAGAGAGAAGGAAGACAGACAGUGGAGUAGAUCUUGCAAAGAAAGAGAAGGAUGAGCUGGAUGGCAAGUGGAGAUCCCUGAUCGACCUCAGAGAAAUUCCCUCCACUGAGGAGCUAAAGAAGUCCGUUUCUGUGAAAAACAUUUCUGCGCUCUAUUUGUCGAGAGUGGCAGCGGCAAACUCUCGGAAAAACACCACCGGAGAGGUUAGUGUGGUUGAAAAAAACACGGCUGCCUCAGGAAACAGAAUAAACUUGAAAAAGUUUCUUUCACCCAAGAGGGAGAUGUGCUCUGCUUGCUCCAAGCCAGUAUAUCCAAUGGAGAAAAUCGGGGCAGAUAAAUUUAUCUUCCAUCGCAACUGCUUCUGCUGCAAGCACUGCAAGAAGAAGCUGAGUAUUCAAAACUACGCUGCUCUAUAUGGGGAGUUUUACUGCAUUUUCCAUUAUCAGCAACUGUUCAGAGCUAAAGGGAAUUACGAUGAAGGAUUCGGGUAUAAACAGCACAAAGAUCGCUGGAUUCAGAAGCUUGCAGACAGUAAUCCCACAAAAGAGCCUCGGAAAGACGCUAAAGAGAAAUUAACUGACUCCGAUGACAACUCCGACUCUUCAUUCGAUUGUUAAUCUCAGUGCCUGAUUGACUGCAUCGUCACAAUUCAACAUUCAGGAGACAUAAUUCAUCCUGGUCAUCUUAUUAUUUUUUCAUUAUUAUGUAUUGAUUUUUAAUAUAAAAAUAUACUCAUUAACAAUAUGAUUGGUACAUUUAUUACCAGCUGAUCAAACACUGUCAGAUCUUUUUAGGUAGCAUAUAACAUAACUACAAUAAAUAAAACACACCAUCUUAAGUGCCCUAUGCAGAAGUUUUUUUAUUCAACAGAUGAAAAUCAGCCAUAUUACCCAUACAGUAAAAACACACAAGAAAAUCCUCUCCCUCUUACUACAAUAAACAGCAGAGUACUGUUUAUUGCCCAGAGUGUCAUGUUCAUAAUUAAAGAUGAACAACUACAAAAAGAAAUAUUACAUAUGAUUUUGAAAGAAAUGUAAGGCGUAAACAGAAGACCAAAUAUGGACAAAGUAAACUGCAACCUCGGAAGCCCUGUGAGAUCCUUCCUGGAGGGGCGGGAUGACUGACUGCAGUGGGAUUCACUGCAGGAACGAAAGCUUUCUCCUGAAUAUCCUUUAAGAUUAAACUGCAAUGACCAUUGUAAAGUUUGUAAUUAAUCAUUCAUUUUUACAUCUUCAGUUAACACCUUUGACAUAUCACCUGUUUGUCAUAUAUCUUACAUAAAACCUUCUUGUUUCAUGUUU